CCAUUGGUUGGUUGAUGCUAUGUUACUUCUGGACGUGUGUUCUUUCAUGGUGACAGAUUAUCAAAAAGGACAAGAUAUGGUCGACUAGUCGACUAAAUAACGGUGUUUUUAUUUUUAUUUUAACAAAUGGAUUGGAGUUAGAAUACAAUAUAGCAGCAGUUGUAGAUUGGUGUCUCUUGCGGGACAGGAAGCGAUGGACUUCCGGUGGGGGAGGAGCCGAGGUGAGGAGGGUAUCGCCGUGGUGAUAAACUUCCUGCUGGCUAAUGCCCGAUUGGUCCUGGGAGUGGGAGGGGCCGCGGUGCUGGGCAUCGCUACGUUGGCUGUCAAGAGGUUGAUAGAACGCGCAGGCCGAGCGGCGGAGGACGAGAAGGUGGAACAGAAGAUGUCAGAGAGCUGGGAGGAGCUUAGCUUAGUCUCCGCCUCCCCAAAGUCCAUAAGGAAGGGGCUGGAGAGUGUGGUCAUGAAACACGUCGCCAAGGCAACCAAGCCACAGAAAGCUGACCUGUGCCAGCCUCAGCAGCAGAAGUCCAGUCUGAUCGAGAAGCCUGUCAAAGCAGCAGAGUCCCAGAGACCCAAGAGCCUACAGCUGUCUCUCACCCUGCAGGACCGUCUGCAGCAGUAUUAUUCUACCAGAGCAGCUUUAGUCCCAGAGGUCGUCCACAGAGCUGAGAGUCUAGAUAUCUGACCUCUAACCUCUCUC